AUGUCUAUACAAGCGGAUUCAUACUCUGCUGCUUUCACGUCAAUUCCAAUCCUGGAUUUCGCUCAAACGCUGUCUCCCUUGACAAAGCCGGAGUUCCUUAACGCGCUCCGCGAAGCUCUGAUCAAUGUUGGAUUUUUCUACCUUAAGAACCCACCAAUCUCGCUGGUAUCACAGUCUACCUUGAUCGAGAAAGGAUUAAAGCUUUUCGAAUUGCCACUUGAAAAGAAGCUGGAAAUUGAAAUGGUUAAUAGUCCGCAUUUUCUGGGCUACUCCAGGCUUGGAGCUGAGAUUACUGCUCUCAAACCUGAUCAUCGGGAGCAAUUCGACUUUGCUACUGAGCUCCCUGCCCCCGGCCCUGAUGAGCCACUGUAUAGAUAUAUCGUCGGUCCCAACCAGUGGCCAGAUGAAGAAGCGAUCCCGGGAUUCCGCCAGACGAUUGAGCAUUAUGUGGACGAGGUCAGCAUGUUAUCAGCCGCGUUCACGGCCCUCAUUGCAGAGGCUUUAGAUCUUCCACCUACGGCUUUAGAUCAAGCCUUUGACAAUCCUCAGCAGCACAAACUCAAGCUCAUUAAAUAUCCUCCACCAACAGCCAGCGACAAUGAUGCUGACUUCCAGGGAGUCGGUCCACACAAAGACUCCGGCUUCCUCACCUUCCUUCUCCAGGGCACACCACACCAUGGUCUUGAGGUCCAGAAUAAGGCCGGGGCUUGGAUAUCUGCUCCGCCAAUCCCAAAUUCCUUCGUUAUCAACAUCGGCCGAGCGCUCGAGGCAUUGACGGGAGGUAUAUGUACAGCAACUACCCAUCGAGUCAGCCUCCAGCCCGAGAACUUCGUGGAUUCAGAAGGAAAUUCACUCGGCCCUCGUUUCUCAUUUCCCGUCUUUCAAGGCGUCAGCCCCGAUCUCUCAGCCGACAAGAUCAAUCUCAUCAUCCCAGAUCAUAUCCGAGAUUUGGUCAAAGACGAGAAAGUGAAAUCAGACGCUGAAGCAACAUUUAACGCAAUGUUUCAAACCAAUAUUGGCGAAGGUACUUUGGUGGCGCGAAUUACAAGUCAUCAGGAUGUUGGUCAGCGAUGGUAUCCAGAAAUCCUGGCGAAAGCCUUAAAAGGGCAACAGGAUUUUGUGACUCGAUAA